AGCAAAUGCAUAGUAAAUAAAUCAAUAUAGUAGAUAUUUUUUUUUUAUUAUUCAUUAAAUUAAAAUAAUGCAGAAAUUUGUAUAUUAGUAUGAAAAAUAUUACUCUUAAAUAAGUACACCACCGGCUGAAGUACCGAAUUGUGCCGGAAACAUACGGCAGAGCGGAAUUUCCCCAACAUCAAACGGAACACCAACUCUUAAUAUCAGAACAACAAGAUAAUGACAAAAUCGCUACUAAAAUACCGUUACAGCUUUACAGCCGGCGCAUUUGCUGCUGGUGGCAGUUUUUUCGGCCAUGCACCAAGUCAGCUCUCAGAGUUGCCUAUAUUAAUUCGGUUAUUUGAAUAUACGCCAGAGACUAUCUACUAUUUAGAACUGAUUUUACUACGCGCUCUACCCAUUGCGCUGAUGCUGAUUUGUAAUGUACUAAAUUGGCGGUACUUCCUUAAAGCUUUGCAAUGCACUGAACAAACGUUAACUGCAACUGUGCUUACUGCUGCCACCAACUAUAUGUUUUCGUUCCUGCUAGGCGCAAUUGUUUACGGUGAAAAAGUAACUAUGUUAUCAACUUUGGGCGCAGCAUUUAUCAUUGUGGGUCUAUGGUUCCUUUGCAAGGCGCAAAAAGUGAAAGAUAAAAUGAAAAAGCUGCAUUGAAAAGUAUUUAAUAUUAAUAGCCUCUUUUAAAUUGUUGAUGAAGUGCUAAAAUGUAUUUUUUUUUUUGGUAUUUAACAGUGAUUUAUAGAAGAAUAAAAGAUGAAAAUAUGUGGAAAAAAUUACGCAA